AAGUUAGCCUGCUAGCCUGUAAACUUUCUGUGAAAUACACCUCAUUCAAACUCGACAGAAACAAAAUGAAAUUUACAAAAAACGGAUUAACUGUCCACUGCUAUAACAAUCAUGAACUCAGGUGUGGUUCUCCGAGUUAGAUGUGAAAAUAUUGCGGCUCUAGAUGCUGUUUUUUCCACGUUUUCUCGCUGCUCUUCUGUCCCUGCCUGCUAUGUCUCCAUCGUCCCCACAGUCAGAGUCGUGGUCAGAGCUGCUGUAAAUCACCUCAGUACUGUAAACCCUGAGUACUGCGUUACUCUUGAUAUGCUGGUGCAACUUUUGACGGGCAGUCAAAUUCUCACACAUUAUACCUUUAGAUAACACCAUGACAAUAACUCAAAAUGAAACUGGUUCAUUACUCAUUCCUUUUACGUGUUUUACGUGAAAACCGCGGACAGCCGCAGAGGAUAGCAGACAAAUGCAGCCUAAACUCUGCAUUUUCUAGGUUCUCCCUCUUUUUGAACUAAUUCAUUUAUUUUUGAGAAAAGCAACUCUAAACUGAAACUAACUACAAACUUGCACAACACUGCUUGCACCUGUGCCUGUUUGCUAAAUUUUAAAAUAAUCAAACAGAAAUGUCAGUGUGAAUGCUUUGUUUGUGACUGGGAAUGAGAAAGGUGCUACAAAAAUCUAUUUUUCCAUAUGUGAAUGUGUGUGGAAAAAAUGUCAAUAAAGUUUGAAGUUCAGUUUACUUUGGCAUUCAUUGCUAUUUUCAUUCAUGUACUUUGUAACUUUGAUGUCUUUUUGUAUGUUGGCCGUUUAUCCAUACAGUAUGUGAGAUGGACUUUGCUGUAAUUUCACAGAGAAUUAUGUGAUACGUCAUCCUCAUUUUAAACUAAGUGACAUUUGAAAAGUGAGGCUGGGACUCAGGACAACAAACAUCAGCCAUACUAGAAACAUCUGUGUUUUAAAAGAAGAAUUACACUAGAGUGUUACUGAGGGCAGGUCAGCGUAAGAGUUGCUGUUCUCGUGUUUCUGAGACACAUCAGCCAAGCCCAUACAAAAAACCUGUUAAGCUUAUUCCGAGAGCAGUGGAAAGCCUCUGUGAGGAUGCACAUUUUCAGAUGUAAACUAAAGACAAUACAAGGAAAUAGGAGGCCCCCUGCGCACAGGCCAGGAGAAAUUCCAGAAGUUUCCCAGAAAACUAAUGCGAGAGCCACAGAGCUCGUCUAAGUUCACCACUCAGGCUUAGAACAGCACAUUUGGCCACCUGGGAACUGGAAAAGGAAAAUCCAGAGUAAUGGCUGAAGCAAUACCUCUGCGGGAAAAGAAGCAGAAAACUCUGCCUCGGUCUGAUGGGUGGGGUCUGAAUCACUUUGACGCUCUGGAUUUGUCAGGAGGAUUGAGGAUCGUCCUGGUGGGCAAGACCGGGUCAGGGAAGAGUGCAACAGGAAACACCAUCCUCGGGAAAGCUGCCUUUAAGGAGGACCCGAGCUCCGUGUCUGUGACCAAGCACUGUGAGACAGAGAGGGGUGAAGUGGACGGGACCAUGGUCCAGGUGAUUGACACUCCGGGUCUGUUUGAUACAGGCAUCACAGAGGUAGAAUUGAAAACCAGAAUAGAGGAGUGCGUCAAGAUGUCGGUGCCCGGCCCUCACGCCUUCCUACUGGUGAUCAGGCUCGGAGUAAGGUUCACCGAGGAGGAAAGGAAUGCUGUGAAGUGGAUCCAAGAUAACUUUGGAGACGAUGCCUCCAUGUACACUAUCAUGCUGUUUACGUGCAAAGACCAGGCUAAAGCUGACAGCGCUCUGAAGGAGUGCAAGGAGCUGCGGAGACUCUCGAUUACAUUCGGACGCAGAUACCACGCCUUCAACAACAACGACGCAGAUGACAAAGUGCAGGUCAAAGAGCUGAUCACCAUGAUCAAGGAAAUGGUACAGGAUAACGGGGGGAAACACUACACUAAUGAGAUGUAUGAGACAGCCCAGAGGAAGCUGAAAGAGGAGGAGGAGCAGAGGCUGCUGGAGGAGGAAGAGAAGGAAAAAGAGGAGAGGAAAAUGUGGGAGGAGGAGAGGGAGAAGAAAGAAAGAGAGCGAGUGAAGGAGAAAAGGGCCAGAAGAAACAACAUUCGCGUGGCCUCGGCUGCUGCUCUCGUGCUGGUGGUAGCCGGGGUGGCUAUAGCGGUGGGAGCUGACACCACGGUGGCUCUGGCUCUGGGGGCUCCUGUGCUCCUCAUGGGAGUGUUAUGUGGUUUAGCUGCCAUCUGCAUAUGGAAGGGCAUGAGAUGCAAAGGCAAAGCAGGUGUUCCAGUAUAACUAUAGGCAGAAGCUUGUGACAAGGACAUGUUGACCCAUCUGCAGUAUGUGACAGUGAAUACACAGUAUUGGUAUUGCACAAAACUACUUCGAACUACUCAGUGAUGAUGUUUUGGCCUUUUCUGCAUUCUGCUUCCAAAAUGAUUAAGAUUUGAAGGCACAUAGCAAUGACAGAAGUAUGUGAAUUUAAUGCUGACAGUAAACGAACGGUAUG